AUGAAAUCUUUACCUCCUACCACUCCAAAGCCAAGCCUUAUAUGACAAAAGAUCACCUUACCAAAUUCAUUAACCAGAAGCAGAGAGAUUCAAGAUUAAAUGAAUUGUUGUUUCCGCCUGCUAAGCAAGAGCAAGUACAGACUCUCAUAGAGAAAUAUGAACCUAGUGCUAUCAACAAGCAGAGAGGGCAGCUGUCUCCGGAAGGUAUGGUCUGGUUCCUGUGUGGCUCUGAGAACAGCAUUGUGUCAUUGGACAAAGUACCUGUACACCAGGACAUGAACCAGCCAUUCACUCACUACUUACUUAUCAAC